GGGGAGGGGAAGGAAGGGAGGAAGCUCGUCGUCGGCGGCGGCGGCGGAUGGCGGUGGAGUACCGGUGCUGCGGGGGCCCCUUCUUCGAGCACAUCGCCGUCAUCGUGGUGCUAGUGCUCUUCGCGGGGCUCAUGUCCGGGCUCACCCUCGGCCUCAUGUCCCUCAGCCUCGUCGACCUCGAGGUCCUCGCCAAGUCCGGCACCGACAAGGACCGCAAGUACGCAGCUAAGAUAUUGCCUGUGGUGAAAAACCAGCACCUUCUGCUAUGCACUCUUCUGAUCUGCAACGCUGUGGCUAUGGAGGCAUUGCCGAUCUUCCUUGAUAGCCUGGUGACUGCUUGGGGUGCUGUUUUGAUCUCUGUGACAUUGAUCCUGCUGUUCGGCGAGAUCAUACCACAAUCUAUCUGCUCACGGUAUGGGCUGGCAAUUGGUGCCUCGGUUGCUCCACUAGUCCGAGUUCUUGUUUGGAUAUGUUUCCCUGUUGCAUAUCCGAUCGCCAAGCUGCUGGACCAUAUGCUUGGCCACGGUAAAGCAGCACUCUUCCGUAGAGCUGAGCUAAAAACACUUGUGACACUGCACGGAAAUGAGGCUGGUAAAGGUGGAGAGUUAACCCACGAUGAAACAACUAUAAUAGCUGGCGCUCUUGAGCUCAGUGAAAAGAAAGCUAAAGAUGCUAUGACACCUCUUUGUGAUACAUUUGUGAUUGAUAUAAAUGCAAAGCUCGACAGGAAACUAAUGCAAGAGGUCAUUGAGAAAGGUCAUAGCAGAGUGCCAGUUUAUUAUGAAAAGGAUACAAACAUUAUUGGAUUGAUAUUGGUGAAGAAUUUAUUAUCCAUUAACCCUGAUGAUGAAAUUCCCAUAAAGAGUGUAACCAUCCGCAAAAUUCCUCGCGUUUCAGAAGACAUGCCCCUGUAUGACAUCCUAAACGAAUUCCAGAAGGGCCACAGCCACAUGGCGGUUGUCAUAAAGCAAAACAUUCCAAGCUACCCAGCUAAGCAGCCCAGCAUCGAUGGCGGAUCUCUUGAGGUCGCCAUCGCCAUCGACGAGAAGCAGGGUGAGAAGGUUGCGAAGAAUCUCACCCCGCUGCGGAGGUGGAAGAGCUACCCCAACACCCUGAACUCUAAUACAGGAAGCAGGAGGGGGAAAUGGUCCAAAGAUCAGUCGGACGUUCUCCAAGUGCACGAAGAGCCGUUGCCCAUGCUGAGCGAGGAUGAAGAAGCCGUCGGGAUCAUAACCAUGGAGGAUGUCAUCGAAGAACUGCUGCAGGAGGAGAUAUACGACGAAACCGACGUACAUGUUGAGGAGCAAUAACACAUUGCUUGCUAGGGUUCACGCACACCAUAAACACGCGGUUUUGGUUGGCACCAGAAGCAAAGUUGCGUGCCACGCCAGUUUUUUUGUGAAGAGGGGGAGAACAAUUUAUGUAUGUAUAAUAGCGUGACGUUGUACUGCAUGUGAAUAGACAGAGACACCGCGAAUAUUAUCAGUUCGUUGUACUGCAUGUGAAUAUUUUUUACAUUAUUCAUUAUCUCACUGAUACCCAUGAUGUGGAAUUCA